GUUUGUAAUCAAAAUAAAUCUGUUCGUUCCAGAGCAAAAUUUCACUGAUAAAAAAAAAUUAUUCCGAAUCACCGAGCUCCCUUAAUUCACAGAAACGGAAAAGCAAAAUCUACGGACCGAACAGAAAUGGAGAGCCCAUCGGUGGAGGAAUGUCGGUUGUGUUUGGGAGAGCUCACCGAAACCAAGCGUUCGAUUGAAAAGUCGGACCUGAAGGAGCAACUGAGCCAGGUUUUCCAUUUUGUGAUCGAGCCCUUACCAGGACAUUCGUCCGAAGUUUGCGGCAACUGUUUGUCGAUCGUCUCAGAAUUCCAUAAGUAUUCGGAAAAGGUUCGCAGCAAUCAGGAAACGCUCGCCAGUCGGCUCCGACCGGUGCCGAUCGCCCACAUCAAAAUCAAGACUGAAUCGUCGUCAUCCGAUGAACUGGAAGAUUUCAAACGGGAAACCUCCGAUGCUUCCGAUGGGGAAAUCUUUGCCGAACCGCUAGUAUCGAUAGAGGUGAAAAGCGAACCGCUAGCCAAGCGAACCAGAGGAUCCCAACAGGAAGAUGAGACAGUGCAACCCAAGCGGAAGAAGAAAAAGAAGAUCAUUCCUAAGCUCAAGGAAAGGAAGAAUAAGAAGAACAUUGCUUUAAAAUCCAGGGAGGAACUGCAACAACAGGACAUUAUUAUACAGGACUUCUACGAAAUGACAUGCGAUUUGUGCGGACAUGCGGCGCAGGACUUGAACUCGUUGAGGAGUCACUUCCGCGGGACUCACGGACAAGGCAUCUACAUUAAGUGUUGCAAGAAGAAGCUAUCCCGAAAGUGGGCCAUGAUUGACCACAUAACGGUCCAUACGAACCCGACCGCAUUCCGCUGUGAGGUUUGCGAUAAGACAUUCAAAAGCAAACGGUAUCUCAGAGAACAUCAGGCCAAUGUACACGGAAGUGACGAACAGCGGCCAUUCCAGUGUGAUCAGUGCAAUCGGUUCUUUGCCAAAGAAUCCUUGCUACAAACGCACAAGAGGCACCACGAGAAGAUGCCAUGCCCGCAGUGCGGUCAAGUGUUUGCCAAUUCCAUCUCGCUGAAAGCUCACAUGAAGGGCGCGCAUGAUAAUGUGGAUCGUACGAAGGUUUGCGACCGGUGUGGAAAGGGAUUUUCGGGCCCGAGCGCCCCGAGUAACCUCCGGCAGCACAUCGACAAGGUGCACAUGGGUCUCGGCGACAAAACGAAGCAUCAGUGCCCGAUUUGCUACAAGUGGCUGCUCGGGAAGCGUGCUCUGACGAUACACGUGCAGCUGCACAGCGAGGUUGGCAAACCACACAUCUGCGAUAUUUGCAACCAGAACUAUCUCCACUCAAGGGCACUGACCCGGCACAAGCGGUUCGUACACGGCGAGCAGAAGUACGAGUGCGAGUUUUGCGGCAAGAGGUUCAAAAAGCCGCUGGCGUUGAAGGAACAUCGUGCUACCCAUACGGGAGAGACCCUGUACACCUGUAAGGUGUGUCCGGUUUCGAUGAAUUCGAACGCGAGCUACUACGCCCAUAUGAAGAAGGCACAUCCAGUUGAAUGGGCGGAUUCGAAAGUGAAAGCCGCCGAAGGCAAUGGGUCAUCAGCCAACGACAGUGCAACGGUGUGAAGUGCUGUGUUAAAAAAGGAAAGGUUGCUUGAAGUACAAGGUUAGUAGAAAAACCAGUAAAGAUAUUUUUGUUUGUGCCGAAACAUCCCCAAUUCCCUGGAACUGUGUUUCAAACGUGGUAUGAUCGUUGACAAUUUUCGCUAAGAACAAGGCAAUCUUCAAAUGGUCGAAAAGAGAACUAACUCCUGCUAUUCA